CAGUUUCAGUUCCAUCGUUUCGGGUGGCCGGAGCGGGCGCAGCCCCCGUCCCCACCCCACGGCCUUCAAAUGGCUCGGCCCGAGCAGGGGGGCGGCGAAUGAGGCCGGGCUCCCCCCCGAGGGACGCCCCCCGGACCCGACGGACGCCCCGUCGUCCGGCGAGAUGCGACGGUGGACCCCCGGCGGCUACGGCACCAUCAACGGCGAGCCCGGGGACCCGGCCACCUGCCCGUCCUGCCGCGGGGCCGGCACCGUCCCCCGCGAGCUGGAGAAGCAACUGGUGGCCCUAGUUCCCUAUGGAGACCAGAGGCUGAAGCCCCGACACACGAAGCGGUACGUGUCCUUGGCCGUGCUGGGCUGCCUGCUCCUGGCGGGUCUGACCUUCUUCUUCCUGAGUCCGCGCUCCAUCCAAGCGCAGCUGACCGGGCUGACCGUGUCCGCCUCGGCCGGGGCCGGAGCCGUCAUCCUCAACGUGACGAAAACCCUGGAGAUCGCCAACGGCAACUUGUACCCGACGGUGGUGACCGCGCUGGACAUGGAGGUCCUGCACCUGCAGCUCGUGGUGGGCCAGCACACGGACCGGCGGCCCCUCUAUAUCGGGCCCCUCGGCCGCGCCCAGAAGAACUUCACGGUGGUCAGCGAGAUAACGGACAGGAAUACCUGCAACAUCUGCUCCUGGACGAAGAUCAAGGUCCAUCAUGUGCUGCUCUUCCUCCAGGGCAACGUGACCUGCAACUCUCUGGGCCGGGCUCAGCAAGUGGCUUUCCAGAGCACCCAGUACGUGGACUGCCGGGGCCAUGCCCCCACCCCCCAGCCCCCCUGAGACUCUGGGACCACCCCCACAACGGCUGGAGGGCUGGGGGGGACCGGACCCGCCCCCCCCCCCCGACCACCGUUCCACCCAAACCUCCAGACCGUCUUUCCCUGAGCCCGGCCUGAGGACGCUGGGGCCCAAACUCGGGCUGAGCUGGCCAGGGGCUGGGCCACACGUGAUGUUGUUGAGAUCUUCGCAACCGCCGGAGCAGUGGCUGCCCAGGGGUUGUCCGUGCGUGAGCCCCGUGAUGGCAGGCGAGGGGGCGGACCUCAAGGCUGAGGCGACCUCCCCCCGCCCACCCCCUCCUGCUUCCAGCUCUGGUCUCCCCCCCCAAUAAACCCUUAGCCGGCCCCCUCCUGCGGGGAGAA